AUGCAAGCUCCUGUCGAGCCAUCACUCCUCACAAGUAUGGCACAUCGCUUGCGUGUGGUCAAAGCACAGCUCCGCGCCCAAACCAUAGACCUCCAGUCCAAACAACAUGAAAUUGACAACCUCAAGGCCCAACUGAACCAAGCUGUGGCUCCGCGUGGAUGGUGUGCAGACCAUCAAGCGGCAGCAGUCCGUUACGAAAAGCAGAUAGCGGACAUGACCUCAUUCUUGAGCGACCAUGGUCUCAUGUGGACCUCUACAACGCGCCCUUCUCGAGGGAAGCAUGACCAAACUGAAUCUUCUGCAACCGAGUCCGACGAGGUCGUCUAUUUCGAUACAAUCUUGGCUCGAAUUCAGCAGUUGAAUAAUGCCACCAUAGCACGUGAAACCGCCGUCACAGUUAUACAAGACAAUACCCACAAUUACGUGCAUCGAUUUCAAGAAAAGCCCGACGCGAUGCCGUUGACGUUGUUUCGAGACGGCAUGAUGCUGAUGCACGGGCCAUGUAACUCCUAA